GCCUCUCACAUGUGUGCGCAAAUUAACUGGGGAAGUUUGGGUGACUUUCGUGCAUGGUGGUGUUGGAUUGCAAAACAUCCAAAUAGAUGCAUCCAUUUUCUGAUGUCUUCUGAAUAAUGUCGGCAAUUUUCCUGCCUGAAGAUGUUUCUCAACUUCUUAAAGGCAAAACUGUCGUGUACAUUGGCGACUCAGUUCAACGAUCUAUGUACAAAGAUCUUGUGUUAUUGUUUCAAGAUAAACGUUACCUGACAGAUCAAGAACUUCGUGCAAAGGGAGAGCUAUGUUUCCUUGGAGACGAGUUGAUGGAAGGUGGGAAAAAGGGUGAGAUGUCAAACUCGACCAAAUACAGAGAGGUGCGCAAGUAUCUGCAUGACAGCCAAACGAAAGUUCUCUAUUUUUUUAUCACAGCUUGCUUUGGCGAGUACAUUGAAAUGCUCCUUAAAAAGUUGAGGAAACCAGAUAUUAUUUUCAUGAAUUCAUGUCUUUGGGAUGUUCAUAGGUACGGAACAAAAGGGUAUGAAGGUUAUGGGCCCAACUUGGUGAAACUUGUAAAACUUAUUAAAGAGCUCCACCCUAGCAUUCUCUUUGCUUGGACAACCACGCCUCCAGUUGACAUUAGGUCCAAAGCCGGGUUUUUGGAGGAUCGUAAAGACUUUGUAAAAAUUAAUGAAGUUUUGAGAUGCAAUGAUAUAGCUCGUGGUAUUAUGAGAAAGGAGGGCAUACCAAUUGCUGAUUUCGCAGAUGUGUUUCGUCAUUUUACUCACCACAGAGCAAAUGAUGGUGUUCACUGGAAUGAAAAGGCGCAUCGUCGAAUGACAAAUAUUCUGUUGGAGACUGUAGCUAGGCAUUUAAAGAAGCCAAUCCCACGCCCAAUUAGUGAUGAUUUUGGCAGGAUGGGAGACUUUGCUGACAGGCCACCUUUUCCACAUAGCUUCUCGCAGCCGGCAUUUCAUCACAACAACAGCUGGGGCUCAUUUGAUGAGGAACGUUGGCACUGGGACUCGUACUCAUAUGAAUAUUACCCUGAUGAUUUCAGCCUAGGAUUAGAUCGCAGUUAUGGAGGAGGCAACUACAGCUAUUUUGAAAGUGAUGAUGACAUGUCACCCAGAUUUAUGCCGCCACCAGGAAGACGAAUGCCAUUGGAUGGUCAUGGCCCACCUCCGAUGAGGCCCCCACCCCCUCCUCCAGGGUAUCGAUUCGGCACUAACGAUCCAGUCCAAAUGCGUGAGGGCCGAAGACGUAAGGUUAGAGAUGAAGAAAUUGAAACCAUGAACAAAAGGCCAAGAUUGGAAAAGACCAGAAAACUAUCCACUGGCUCAGAGAGAGGGAUGUCAUCGCCUUUGGUCGAAAAUAGACCUUUGAUGAGAGACGAUGAAGAUGAUAAAGACACAGUAGAUGGGAAGAAACCUGGCAUGUGUCAGUUAGACACAAAUGAAAACGCUAUAGCAAGUGUUAAUGGUGAAAAGCUUCAGAGUAAUCCAUCUGAAAAAGGAGAAAAUAGGGUUCUUGAAGAGCGAGCUUCUCUUAACAUUGAAGACUCAUCAGCAGAGAAUUAUGAUCGGUUUGAAAGCGGGAAUAGAGCUACUGCCACCAGCAGUAAUGUGGAUGGUGACGUAGUGGUCUCAGAGAUGGAAGAAAAACCUGGUAUUAUGGAAGUGUUGGAGGAAAGAGUAUCAAAUGAUGGUACUCUUGAAGAGAACAUGGCAUUUAGUGAAACAGAGAGCUCAAAGGAAGCAUGCGACAAGGGCACAGACCUAUCAAAAUCUAUUACUGGCGGAGACAGGACUUCAAGCGAGUCAUUGCAAGGGAGUGCAAGCAGCAAACCUGAGCUUAUUUCUCAAGAUGAUACGAACCAGAUAAAGGAAGGGUCUGCUUUGUCGAAAUUUUCAGCCACAACCUUAAAGGUCUUAGGAUAUAUUGGAAAAUCUACAAGACAAAUCAGCAGGUCAUUGUCACUUCCACUGCAAAAGGCAGGAAAGAAAGAGGACAAAGGAAACAUAAAAAUCGAGUCAGCAACGAAGCCUGCUGAGAGUGAUGGAUCUCCAGCUGCUGAAAGUAGUGAUCUUCAACUCAAUAAAUCGUCUGAAAAUGUUGCUCUAGAGGAAAAACCUGCAACUGAAAGUUGCCCUGGAGUUGAUGUUGAGGUUGCUUCAGAUGCAAAUGCUAUUUCCUCACAACUCAGUCCGCAAGUUCUACACGGAGAAAAAGGUGACGGAGAAAAGAAUGAAGUUGAGGAAAAAGAUAUCUGUUUUUAUGAUAUAGAGGACGCUUUAGAUGGUUUUGAUAUAGACAUUUGUGAUGGAAAUAUCAAUAUCUCAGACGAGGAGAAAUUGCUGCUAUCUGAUGACGAUGAUAUAUUAAUGACUGACAAAAAACCCGGAAACAAUGAUGUUAAUGAUGUUGAAGCUGCGAAGAGAAACUCAUUGGCUGUUAAAACAGCCCUUGAUAAGGAAGCCAUGGAAUUAGAAGGAUAUGUCGCUGAAGAAAAACCAACCAAGGUUUGCCAACAGGAUUCUCACUAUGUUCUGACAGUGAAAAGUGGCCUAAGCUCUCAACAAAAUGAUGUUCUUAUGGAAGGAGAAGGCAAAAAUGAUGAAAUGAACACUGGAAAAGUAGCUGUGGACCAAAAGAAAAGAGCUAGUAAAGCAGCAGAGUCUAUUCCGAAUGAAGCUUCAAUCAAAAAUGAGACGAGGGAUACAACUUUGGUUGGUGUGUCUACAGUCUCUGUUGGAACUACAGAAUCUGGAUUUGCAGAAUCUGUUAAUAAAAGCUUAUCUACAACGAGCCAGCGGCUACCUUCACUGGCAGACCCAGUGUCUACAACAAAUGUUUGUGGAAAACAGAGCUUAAGUCCCACAGCUAAGUCGACAGCAACAUCGACACCAAUUGCCAACAAAACAACAUCUAGCAUACCUAAAAAAUCUCCACCCUGUUCGUCUAGAAAGCCCAGUAUUGUAAGUUCACCGGGGGUAAAAGCUACUACCUCUAGGGUAAAUACCUCUCAGGUUGUUACACCCACUAAAACUUCUCCAUCGUUAACGGAGUCUAAGUCUCCAACAUUAUCAGAGACCAAGGGUAAGCCAAAACUUCCCUGUUUCCCGAAUCCUCCUUCACUAGACAUGAAGUCGCCAUUUUUCAAGCCUAAGGCAUCGUUCACAACAAAAUCUACUACUGUCGUCACCGUUACGACUUCAUCACCAGUAGCAAAAUCAGUAGCAAACCCAACGAUUGUAAGUAGCUCUAAGGUGAUCUCUCCAAAUGUAAAAGCACAUCUAGGGCCCGACGCGGAUGAAAAAUCGCCUGUCAAACUUGAUGGCACGGAGACUAGGAAGAAGGGUUCUGUUAAGAAAAGAAAAAUCAAGAAAGAUGGGAAGAAGGUUGCAAAGAAAAGUAAAACUGUGAAGCCUGGUGAAUCUAAACAAAAAGGCGAGAAAGAGUCUAAAAAAGCCAAAGACAAGUCUGGAAAAAAGAAGGUUAAAAAGAAGAAAAAAGCAGAACCGACAACAGAAAAGGCUGUAAUAGAAAAAUCCAAUGUCCCGCAGACAAUUGAAACUAUUGCAGGAACUGAUAGACCCAAAAAUAAGCCACAACAUACGGACCAAUUGAAUAGAAACAGGAAAUUCCCCAAUCAAACGAAUACUCAAACCCGCCCGCCCAUGCCCGCAGUGUAUUUUAAUCAAACACAGCAGUAUCAACAGCCAGUCAUAGGAUCUCAAUACUUAUCAAACUAUGUAAUGCCUAAUGCGCAAACGCAGAUUGUCCCGCAGAAUGUCGCUAUGCAGCCCUUCCAGUAUGGACAGCAGAUGUACGCUCCGCAAGUGAAUCAGCUCGCGUAUACGCCGCAGUACACACCAUCUGCUGUCAGCCCUCUUUACCCCGCUCAAAGACCCGCUACCGGGUUCCAGCCUACUUAUUAUGUUGAUCAGACAAUGGCCAGUCAAACGAACAAUGUAAACAACGAGCUAUCGUUAACAAACGUAGGCCAGUCGAAAGAAUACGCACAUCUUGCUUGGUUGUAGAUGAUGUAAAUAUUUGAAAAUGAAAAUAUGUACAUAAAUUUAUUGUCAGUAAAGAUACUAGCUGUGUCCUUAUCACGUGCGUCUAUCGUUCGAUAUUUGUUUUAUUUUCAUUAGAAUUGGAGGCGGGAGUGUCUAAAGUAACUGGCUAAACAUGAUUUUUUUGUUUACAGACUUUCAUAUGAUUGGUCAUGCUAAAAAUGUUUGUUUUUGUAGGGACACAGGCUAGAUCUUCGCUGUAAUUCCUGUUGGUUAUUAGUAUUUCAAAUUGUUUCAUUAGAGUUUGUAGAUUUUGUAUAAGUAGCAUUCCAAUAGUGCAUUUCAACUGACCUUUAAGAAAUCUUAUUAAUUACAUUAUUGGAAAUUGAAACACGUUUUGCUAUGACGUUUUUCCGUUGCGAAUAAGAGAAGCAGAAACCUGCCUUCACGUGAUAUAUGCAUGACUGUCAGUUAGAAAAUCCUGACCCUGUUUUAUUGUCUACCGUCAUCUUAACGAUCCAAAUACUAAAAAGAUUUCUAGUUAGUAACGGCUUAAAGGACCAAAUAGUCUUUAGAAUUCAAGCGAGCUUUACACUCUGCAACUUAAAAGUACAAAAAGAGACAAGGGAAAGAUGUAGAAAGCUCCUCUUGUUAGGAAAAUAGCAAAACCAGUAUAUGUGGACAGUAUAAAAAACGUAUAAAUCAGAAUUGAUACACCCCAAAUAUUUCUAAGCUUUUCUUCACAAUUUUCCAGUUUAUCACACAGUAGUCAUGUGAAAACCAACUUUCUUUCAGUUCAGAAGCUAUUUUUCUUCACUAAAGAUAAUCAUCGCAUCUAAGUCUAUGGUUAAUUAUAUUUGGUGCCCCCCCCACCCCCUAUUUAGUAUUGUGUAAAAGUCACUUUCGCCAGACGUAUCAAUUUUCAUUUGCAUCACCCACUACUAGAUACAUACUGAUACAAUUCGACCUCCAUUUACUCAUUCAAGCAAAGCUUUCAGGUCCAUUGAAAAACUCCUAACAGUAACCACUAUAAUAUGAACUUCUAUAAUUCCAACUUCGAACAUUUUGACGAUCCCCUAAUCAGUUCUAAUUACACAGACUUGACUGUAUGUUUUGUUAUAACGAGAUUGGCUUCCUUGAAUGCGUUAUUUGGCCAAUCAGUGUUCCAUAAUAUUUUUGAUUUGGUUACCAAAAAUAGUAAAUAAGUCAUAGAAUUUAGAGUCAAGUCCAUAUCUGAAAAUGUGUUUUGUUACUUUGUUUAGUUGCCAAUAGGCCUAUCGUUUCUUGAAACUGCUGUUGAAUGUUUGCUUCGCUAACCAUGGAGAAUUUUUCGAAUAAACCUUAGAUGUAGACAUACUGCUACAAAAAAGCUUUGAAUUUUUUUUUGUUCUGUUGAGUUGAGAUUGACUUUUAUCAACUAUUGGAGAUAUUAUCGAAUGAUAAUUCGAAAACAUUA